AUGGGAAACGGGAUGUGCUCCCGAAAGCAGAAGCGGAUCUUCCAGACGCUGCUGCUGCUAACCGUGGUGUUCGGCUUUCUCUAUGGCGCGAUGCUCUACUACGAGCUGCAGACGCAGCUGCGGAAAGCCGAGGCGGUGGCGCUCAAGUACCAGCAGCACCAGGAGUCCCUUUCCGCCCAGUUACAAGUUGUGUAUGAACACAGAUCAAGAUUGGAGAAAUCCUUGCAAAAGGAAAGACUUGAACAUAAGAAAGCAAAGGAAGAUUUUCUAGUUUAUAAAUUAGAAGCACAAGAAACACUGAAUAAGGGAAGGCAAGAUUCUAAUAGCAGGUACAGUGCAUUGAAUGUCCAACAUCAGAUGCUGAAGAGUCAACAUGAGGAGCUAAAGAAGCAACACAGCGACUUGGAAGAGGAGCACCGCCGACAAGGAGAAGACUUCAGUAGGACAUUUAAUGACCACAAGCAGAGAUACCUGCAGCUGCAGCAGGAGAAAGAACAAGAGCUUUCUAAGCUAAAAGAAACCGUGUACAAUCUGAGAGAAGAGAACAGACAGCUGAGGAGAGCGCAUCAGGACAUGCACACACAGCUGCAAGAUGUCAAGCAACAGCAUAAGAAUUUACUCUCCGAGCAUGAGCAACUUGUAGUGACUCUGGAAGACCACAAGAGUGCACUAGCUGCUGCACAGACUCAAGUUGCAGAAUAUAAACAACUGAAAGAUACACUGAAUAGGAUUCCAAGCUUUCGAAAGCCAGAACAAACAGAACAGCAAAAUCUGACCCAGGCGGCACAUUCUCCACAGGAUGACCUCACAGCAAGGGGCAAGUCACCUGGAGAGCCUCGGGAGGUGUCUCGAAAUAGUGAAGUGUGGCAGAACCAUGAAGCAGCCCCUGGAAGAACAGAGGAAACAAAGCCUUACCCUUCCACCCAGAAGGAGGCAGAAUUUCAGGCUCCCGUGGAACUGACCCAGCAAGAAGCGGGACCCAGGGAGCCGGAGGAGCGACAGGUGGAGGAGGAGCACAGGCGGGCCCUGGAGGAGGAGGCCAUGGAGCAGGUCGGGCGGCCUGAGCACCUCGAGGAGGAGCACGACCCAUCACCCGAGGAGCAGGAUCGGGAGUGGACGGAACAGCGUGAACGAAAGGAAGCCGGACUUGCGGCAGGGGAGGUUCAUGCUGAGGUGCAUCCUUCAGCCAAGCCGGUUACCAGACUCCAGUCGCCAUAUGAGGAGCAGCUGGAACAGCAGAGGCUGGCGGCGCAGCAGGCGGAGGAGGCCCAGCGGCUGAGGGAGGAGCAGGAGGCCCUGCACCAGCAGCGGCUGCAGGGACACCUGCUGCGGCAGCAGCAGCAGCAGCAGCUCCUCGCCAGGGAGACAGCCCGACAGCGGCAGGAUGGGCUCCAGGAGGGCCGGCUGCAGCGCCCCGAGCAGCCACGGCAGCAAGCUCCUUACGAUGCUGUGGAUAAUGAUAUCGUUCAGGGAGCAGAGGACCAGGGCAUCCAGGAAGAGGAAGGAGCCUAUGAGAGAGACAACCAGCACCAAGACGAGGCGGAAGAAGACCCAGAGAAUGGACACGAGCUGCAAGAACAAGCGCCCCACGAGGCUGACCCAGAGUCCGAGGGAGAUAGGGCAGCUGUAGGGGAUAUAAACCCAGCAGAUGACCCUAAUAAUCAAGGCGAGGAUGAGUUUGAAGAAGCCGGGCAAGUGAGGGAAGAAAACUUGCCGGAUGAAAAUGAAGAGCAAAAACACAGUCACCAAAAGCAACAGAACGCAGAAAUGGAGGAGCAUUUGGUGAUGGCAGGAAAUCCAGACCAGCAGGAGGACAAUGUGGAUGAGCAGUACCAGGAGGAAGGGGAAGAGGAGGUUCAGGAAGAUUUGACUGAGGAGAAAAAAAGGGAACUGGAGCAUAAUGCUGAAGAGACCUAUGGUGAAAAUGAUGAAAAUGCCGAUGAGAAAAAUAAUGAAGGAGAAGAGCAAGAAGUUCGAGAUGACAACCACCCCAAAGGCCGAGAGGAGCAGUAUGAGGAGGAGGUGGAGGAGGAGGAGGACGGGGCUGCCGCCGCUGAGAAGUCACGGCGAAGAGCUGAGAUGUAG